CUUAUUUCCUGCAACCUCUGGCUGUGGGUUGGUGAGCCUUCCUCUGCCUCUGCCUCAAAAUGUUUCAUCCUGUUUCAAAAUGUCGGCUGCAAGGAAGAGAGAAUCAGAGCGUGGUGUCAGAUCUGGAUGGGACACUGGUGAAAUCAACCAGUUCCUUUCCAUAUUUCAUGCUCAUGGCGUUUGAGGCAGGAAGCCCACUUAGAGCUCUGUUGCUGCUCUUGGUGUCCCCUGUGACCUGGAUUUUUUAUCGUUUUAUAUCUGAGGCAGCAGGGCUUCAUCUGCUCAUAUUUGUUUCAUUGGUGGGCUUGAAAGCAGCGGAUGUGAGCAUGGUAGGACGAGCUGUUCUUCCCAAGUUCUACCUGGAAGAUUUGCACCCACUUGCCUACAAAGUGUUUGUGUCCUGUGGUAAAAGAUAUGUUGUUACUGCCAAUCCCAGGAUGAUGGUGGAGCCAUUUCUUAAGGAGUAUUUGAAGGUUGAUGGAGUGCUGGGUACUGAGUUGCAGGUGAUUAAAGGCUUUUGCACUGGCCUUGUGGCUCCCCCUGGUGUUCUCCUUGGUUGGAGGAAGCACCAUGCUGUCAAGGCCCUGUUUGGAGAUGACAAGCCUGAUGUUGCUCUGGGGAAUCGACCCUCUGACUUCCCCUUCAUGUUCCUUUGCAAGGAAGCAUACGUGGUGCCGGUGGACAAAAAAGUGGGAACAGUGGGGAGAGAAGAAUACCUGAAGCCUCUGGUUUUCCACGACGGUCGCUUGGCAAUCCGUCCGACUCCAUUGGUAGCUUUGGGGAUUUUCCUCUGGUUUCCCGUGGGGGUUCUGUUAGCCCUAGCGAGGUUGUGCGCGGGAAUUUGCCUGCCAUACGGAAUGGCUCUGCCCAUGGUAACAUUACUGGGGGUGCGGAUCAGAGUGAAGGGCGUUCCACCAUUGCACACGGGGAACACAGGGAUCUUGUACGUCUGCUCUCACAGAACCCUCUUAGACCCAAUUUUCUUGACGACUGCCCUGGGCAAACCAGUGGCAGCAGUCACUUACAGUAUCAGCAGAAUGUCAGAGAUACUUUCCCCCAUAAAGACCGUCAGGCUGACCCGAAACAGGGCUCGGGACGGGCAAAUGAUGAGCAGGCUGCUCAAGGAAGGCGAUCUGGUGGUGUGCCCCGAGGGGACUACCUGCAGGGAGCCCUAUUUGCUUCGAUUCAGCUCCCUCUUCGCCGAAUUGACUGACUUCAUUGUGCCUGUCACAAUGGAUGCACAAGUUACCCUGUUCCACGGCACCACUGCCCGCGGAUGGAAGUGUUUGGAUCCGCUCUUCUUCCUCAUGAACCCCUCUCCUUGCUACCAUAUUGCCUUUCUUGACAAGUUGCCCAAAGAAAUGUCAUGUUCUGCUGGCAAAUCCAGCUUCGAGGUGGCCAACCACAUACAGAAGACUCUGGCCGAUGCUCUCGGCUUUCAGUGCACAAAUUUCACCAGGAAAGAUAAAUACACUAUGCUUGCAGGUAACCAAGGCCUUGUUCCUGACAAUGCCUAUUUCUGAUUCUGAUAGAACCAUCAAAUUGCUCAACUUGGACUGCUAUUGGAAUGUAAUGAUCGAGAGAGGGUUUAUACAGAGCAAGCAUUCACUGUGUAUUUUGGGGUGACAGUUUGAACUUCCUUGUUUCAAGUUUCCUCUUCAUGGUUAGGAAAAACUUAUGUCAUUCCUGCAAAUUAGUAUCCCCUUUUAAAUUUUUAGGUUGCCAUUACAGGUAAUCUGAAUAGGAAAUCAAUAGUAGUAUAAAUGGUAAAAUUAACAUCUC